AAGAGCGCGUCAUCCCUGACUCUCUCCAACCCUAGUUCGUCAGAUUUAGUUGGGUCGUGGAGAGGGGCGUCGUCGAUGGCAAGAUCAGUAAGGGGAGGGGGAGGAGGAGGAGGGUGGCGGGGGAUCAGCAACGACGAGGUGGCUGAGGCGGCUGAGCGAUGACGUGCAAGAGUCACCCCAGCGUGUGCAACGCUGGCGUCUGUGCCUCCUGCCUCCGGGAGCGACUUCUCGCCCUCAUCGCCGCCCAGAACGAGUCCUCCAUCAACUACAACUACGGCCGCUGGAGAUCGGACCCACCGUGGCCGCUGCCUCCGCAGCCUCCCCUUGUGUUCCACCGAUCCGUCUCUCCUUACGUCGCCCAUCGCAGGUCCGUCGGAUCCGACGCCUCCCCUGGUCAUCCCCGCCUCCACCACCACUACCAGUGGUUCUUCAGCACCCCCCAGGUAGGCCCAACCUUCAGCGCGGCAUCCGGUUGCGACAGGCUCCGCGAGAUCGACGGCGGGCGGACACAGAGGUUCUCCAUUUUGAGGACCCUGUUUGGGCAUCGCAGGUCGGAGGAGGCGGAGACCGCUUUGGGAGCUCCCAAGAUUUCGGCCUCUGGUUCUUGGUUCUCGGCGCUGAUCCGCGGCCGUUGGAAGAAGAAGAAGAAGUCUCAGCUCUGGUCGGCCGCGGAGGAGGAGGCUCCUCCGCCGUGGAGGGCGCCGAGGUCGUGCCGCGCGGUGAAGAGUGGAAUGUCGCCGGCGAUGGAGAACGAAGACGUCAGCGGGUACUCCAGUGAUGAGUGGCGGCGGUCGAAUUUAAGGCCGAAGCGACAGUUCGCGGCUAACCACGGAGUCGUCGGCGCCGUUUCGGGCUUCUCCAUCUGCCUAAGCCCGCCGGUUAGCUUCGGGCCAGAAGCGCGGCGAAGCCAACCUGCAGAGUCGGGAUUCUCCGGCGUUCUCCGGAGCCCUGGGAACUUGAUCCAACACCGGAACCUGCCCGUAGGAGCUCCGCUCGCGCGGAACCGGUCAAGAAAGUUGGUCGACUUGGGUAGGUUCAAAUGACGGUUUGCCCCUAAUUCUUCCUCGUUAUUACCACGUCGGCCCUGUCAUUUUAAAUUUCUCUUUUCACAAAAUUAGGAACUCUUGUGUAAAAAAAAUGCGGAUAAAAGAAAUUUAAUGAACCACACUACCCCUUAGAAGGCUUCUAAAUAUAUUUCCGACAUCGUUGAACGCUCAAAAUAAGUGGCAAAUGAAAUUAUCCUAUCGAUCUAUAGCGAGGUAUGUAAACGAAGUGAUUAAUGUGCAGGAUUUAUAAUGCAUCUCUUCCAA